AAACGAAUAUACAUAUAUAUAAUGAUUUCUCAUGUAUAUGCUAAAAUAAGUAGUUCAGUUGUAGUGCGUGUAUAUUCACACAUCGAAUCCCUGCGAGCAUAAUUAUUUAUAUUUUUAUAUGCAGACUGAAAGAUAUUAACAACAAUAUAAAAAGAAAGCUUCUCCGAAAUUCUAAUUUCUCUAAUCUAAGCUCUCAAAAUUCUCUACGUUUCAGCAGAAAAGGUUGCAUUAAAUAGAGAUUUUGCGUUGUAAUAACAAUGUCUUUAAAUGGAACCGAUACACGGAGUAGGGUCACAAUAAUAGAGAAUACUCGUGCGAUAUAAUCCAGUAUGCACGUAGUUUGUGAACAGAAGCGCUCGUACAGAAGCGACUAUAAAAUACACAAUGGCUUGGUUGAAAAUUUUAUCUUGUUACGUUCUGUGGACCAUAAUAGCUGUUAUUGCACAAUACAGGGGUGAUCCCGAUUACAACGAUUUUGAUUUUUAUGAAGAUCUACCAGCGGAUUCGAGAGGUUCUGAUAAAAAAUAUAGCAGCGUUGCUCAAGAUGAUUUUUAUAUCGCAAAAGUUUUCGACGAUGCGUAUCCCGAUUCGAAUCUCCCUGACUUCAGAAAUAAUCUCGAUACCUUUAAAAAGAGGGGUCCGUUCGAAAACAAGCAGUUCAACUGGUACAAAGUGUCCGAGAAAGUUUACAGAUAUACUAAGCAUCGAAUUCCCGGGUACGAUUACGACGAAUUCGACUAUGGACGUUCCAAAAGUUUUCACAAAUGCGACGAAAAAUCGACCUGGACGCAUUGCCUCUGUCAAUUCACGUGUUCGAAGCGAGACGUAGUAGAUUGUUAUACACCCUGCAGAAGCGGGUGCGAGUGUAAGGAAGAAUACGUUUUCGACGAGAAAGCGCAAAGAUGUCUAUUACCCGAGCAAUGUUCGUCGGAAGAUAAUUAUAAUUACCAAAUGUAAUCGUUAGAAUAUUAAUCAAAUAUAUUUACAAUAUUUUAUUAAGCUUUGUCAAGCGAUUUUUUUCAUGACGCAAAAAGUAUAAUUGAUUAAGGCUUCUGGAUCCUCGCUGUGGCUGUUAGAUUGUGACAUCAGAAGCGAGGAGCCAGGAGCCUUAAAAUGUGCCUAAUAAUUUAUUAUAUUACAAAAUAAAAUUACAAUCGAGAAAACUUACCUUGCUAUCCAUCAAUUUCGCUAUUCUCGUAAUGUGCGGUACAAAGUCCGAGGAUAGAUUAUUGUUAUCUACAUUUCCUGCUGCUGCGUCUCCAACGAAUGCCCAUUUAUACCUGUGAAUCAAGUGAAGCAAUAUAUAAUUAUAUACAAAUAAAAUACGCAUUGUAUAUCGUCUUGUUUUCUAUACUUACAUCUGAAAUUGCGGUAAUCUGUGCGCGGGCAACAGUAGCGCGAGGUCCAGCAGCUUGGCAGCAGCUAGUUGCAGUUGCAACCAGUGAGGAUGUCCGUGUGCUUGAAGUCCAUUGCUGGCGUUGAUAGCCCACGAUGAGUCCAAGGCAGAUAGCAGUUUAAUAUGCGAGCUGUGCAUACGAAUACAAGUCAGAUACAACAAA